CGAGAUCAGGUUAGGGCAGGUUUGGUUUCCUUGAAUUCUGUGUUGGGGGCCUGUGGGGCUGGCAUAUAAAUCCUCACUUUGGGCACCUGGCCCUUGCUUUCCAUCCUGAGUCUCUCUCUACCAUCAGGUCUGACACUCAAAGGGGGAGCCCUGCCCUAGGGGGUGGGCCCCAAGUGGGAUCAGAGGAGCCCUGAGGCCCUUCCGAACACAGCCAGCAGAAGGCCCCAGAUCCAAGAUGUCCAGUCCUCUGGAGCAGGCACUGGCUGUGAUGGUCGCCACCUUCCACAAGUACUCUGGCCAAGAGGGAGACAAGUUCAAGCUGAGCAAGGGGGAGAUGAAGGAACUUCUGCACAAGGAGCUGCCCAGCUUUGUGGGGGAGAAGGUGGACGAGGAGGGCCUGAAGAAGCUGAUGGGUGAUCUGGAUGAGAACAGCGACCAGGAGGUGGACUUCCAGGAGUACGCUGUUUUCCUGGCCCUCAUCACUAUCAUGUGCAACGACUUCUUCCAGGGCGCCCCAGGGCGGUCCUGAUGCAGUGCGCUCUCCUCCCUCCCGUGGGCCUCGGGGGCCCAGGAGGACUCUCUGUAGUUAGUUUUAUACUCAAUAAACUUUUUCACUUGUUGAAAA